UUUAUUUCAGAACAUUGCCAUGUAUCCUCAAUGUUGACCUUUACCUUGUAAUAUUUGAAGUUUAUAUGUUGAAAACUCUUCUUAAAAAGGGUAUCGACAGUUAUGAUGUAAUUCUUAUCCGAUAAAACAUGUUUUCUUCAGAUUGGCUGAUUUCCUUUCCUUUCAAAUCUUUUCCUGCAAAUUCCUUUAUAAGGGCUCCAAAUUUCUGAUAUAGCAUAAAUUCUACUUGAAGCAAAGAAAGAGAGUUUCCGUGGUGAGUUAAUGAGAAAAGAAUUCUAGUCCUUAUGACUAUCAUAUUUCCCUUUUAUUGUGCUCAUUCUUGUAGGCAUUGAAUGUCUGUAAAUAUAGAAACAUGAGAGAGUUCUCAAUAGCGUCUUCGUAUUUAUUUCAGGGAGCAACAAUAGUUGAUAUGUCUGUUACAGUGACUUUGGAUCCAGUUUACCAGCUUUCUCCUGGUGCUGCUACAGCGCCCCCGCCAACAGGAAAGAAAACUGCUGGUGAUUCAGAAUCCGCUUUUCAGAAAGCAGAAGAUGUUGUUAGCAGCAUGCUCGCAAAAGGUUAUAUCUUAGGUACAGAUGCUGUGGGCAAAGCAAAGUCUUUUGAUGAGAAGCACCAGUUGACUUCAAGUGCAAGUGCUAAAGUGGCCUCCUUAAACCAAAAAAUUGGUCUCACUGAGAAGAUAAGCGUUGGUACUUCCAUUGUUAAUGAGAAAGUCCGAGAAAUGGAUCAGAAACUCCUGGUUUCUGAAAAAGCAAAAUCAGCAUUUGCUGUAGCAGAGCAAAAAGUUAGUAGCGCUGGAUCGGCCAUUAUGAAAAACCGAUAUGUUCUCACGGGGGCUACUUGGGUAACAUGCGCUUUUAGUAAAGUUGCUAAAACAGCAGGGGAAGUGGGCCAAAAGACAAAAGAGAAAGUGGGAAUGACUGAGGAUGAGCAGAGACAGAAAAUGGUCACUGAUUUUGCACAGGUUCAUUUAUCUGAUUCUCCAAAAGCUUCUAAUUUCACGGAGCAUCAGUCUUCCAAGCCUGCAGCAGUACAAGGUUUAGUCCGUUGAGUUGAUGCCCCUGUAAGUAUCUUUGAGGACUUCCACUCCUCAUACUUCAUUUCAUUUUCAAUUCACUGGUUUAUGAAGAAAUGACAAGUGUAAAACAAUAUGUUCAAUAUGCAAUUUUUAGAUGAUCUCGAUUUUGUUUCUGUACUUCGUACUGUAACAAGAUUUGAUUGAUUUGUAUAUCAUUGAUAUUGUCAAGUAGAUAAAUUCAUUUUUAUGCCUUGAUGAA